AUGCCGUCUUUAGUAGGACAAAAUUCGCGUUUUCAACAGUACCAAGUUCAAACAGUAAACGGGCUACAGAUACUCCCACAGCAAUAUCCACAGCCACAGACUGGAUUCGAUAUUGAGCCUGGAAAGUACUGUUCCCUACCACUCGCCAUGAUAAAGGCUGUGCUAGGAAACGACCUGCCUUGGAUCAAUGAGCUACCGAACAACGUUAUAAUAUUACAAGAGAACUUGAAUACCAUACCACCAUUAGUCGAGCGCUAUCAUUCCUUCUUUUUCAUACUGACAGUCUUCGCGCUUGACUACAGCGUACCGGAGGUGGAAACUAGGGAUAUGCCACCUUAUUUGAAGACAGAGUUAUCACACUUUAUGGGUCCCAAUCCUAAAUCAAGUCGAUUCACGCGCGAAGGGGAUUGGCUCAACUACUUUGGCGUGCUCAAUAAAUUCAUUGCCAUUCACGGGGGCCGCUCUUCUAUGGAGGCCACCAACCUGGUCGGAUUCGUGAAGAGACUAGUGAGAAAACGCUAUAUCGACAGCGCCUUUAUAUACAACUCAAUGAACCGGUCGUAUGAGCAAUUUCGUUUGAUUUAUCGAAAUGCCCAUUUCAUGAACAAUGUAUGGGAUUUUGCAGUAAGGCUCGGCUACGUCCGCCUGCUAAGCGACGAGCAACUGGACACAGGGUUCAUCGCCCACAAACGUGCUGUGCCUCGGAAAAGGCAACGGGAAGCCAGAACAAAGGCUACUUGGAGGAGGGUUAGACCGCUUAAGAUAUUGAGUGAUACUAAUUACAGAUUACAAAAUAUUUCUUCCAUACAGAUUACUCCACAGAACAAGUGUAUGCACCUGCCCACCAAAAAUACUGGUAAACCAACAUGGCCACUUUCUACCUCAUUGGUUUUACAGAAAGUCCAAUUUCACCAGUAA